AACAGGGUUAGUAAGAGUGCUAGCAAUCAACAACGCUUUAUUUUUCUGUGUGUCCGAUCAUAAGAUGGAAAUUCAUCGCUGAAAUUUUUGUGAUUCGAAGUUCCAAUCGCAAGUAAAUUCGCAAAUAUGUUUCGCAUUUUUAUGCUAGCCGUCGCGAUCUUUGUGAUGAUCGACGCUCAACUGCAGAGGAUUUUAUUACACAAGAUGGAUUCUAUGCGACAUAGUUUGGAGAAACUUGGCAAUGACAUUUCAAAACUUUCUAUGACCGAAGCUAGCACUCAUCCUAAGGUGCGUUUAUGCAAUUUAUUAGAUUAUGAGUAUUAUGGUAAUAUUACUAUCGGAACUCCGCCGCAGGAAUUUAAAGUAGUGUUUGAUACUGGUUCCUCAAAUCUUUGGAUACCAUCCACAAAAUGCAAACGUUCAAACAUAGUUUGCAACGUGCAUAACAAAUAUAAUAGUACAAAAUCCAGUACAUAUGUACCAAAUGGUACUGCGAUUGAGAUUUCAUAUACCACUGGCACUAUGGCUGGAUUUUUAUCUGCUGAUGUAGUGAGUAUUGCCGGUCUCAAUGUUCAAAAUCAAAUAUUUGGGGAAGCAAUGCACGAGCCAGGCAUUGAGUUCAUUGUUGCAAAAUUUGAUGGUGUUUUGGGCAUGGGUUAUUCCACGUGGUCCAUCAACAAUGUAACGCCUGUGUUCUACAAUAUGAUAACACAAGGCCUACUGUCAUCAGCCGUUUUCAGCUUUUAUUUCAAUAGAGAUUUUUCGAUCAAGAUCGGUGGUGAAUUAAUAUUGGGUGGUUCCGAUCCCGAUUAUUACGAAGGAGAGUUGACGUAUAUUCCUGUUAAUAAUAAAAAAUACUGGGAAUUUACUAUGAAUAAGAUCAGAAUACAUAAUUAUCUCUUCUGCGCGAGUGGUUGUCGAGCUAUCGCUGAUACAGGUACCUCAUUAAUAUAUGGACCACAAUAUGAAAUCGCAAUUAUUAAUGAACUUAUUGGAGCUACUGUCACUUAUGGACAGUAUAGAAUAAACUGCACCAAGAAAAACUCUACUGACAUGCCAGUAAUCAGUUUUAUUAUGGGUUCUGGUAAAAUGUUCAAUCUUACCAAUCAGGAUUACAUCGUACCGAUGUCAACAGAUGAUCCCACGGAGUGUAAAAGUGGUUUUUUACCGGAUAACCAUAUCUAUAAAUUAUGGACUCUAGGAGUUGUAUUUCUUAGUCGUUAUUAUAGCGUGUUCGAUUUUCAGAAAGAUCAAGUGGGAUUUGCUCCAGCGAAGCAAAUGUCGAUUGCUAUUUCUUAAAAUUAUAUAAUAAGACAUCGCAUUUAAAUGAUAAAUUCGUGAUUAAAUUAGUAACCUUUUUAUAGUUUUUUAAUGUUCAUUGACUAGUAAUUUUUUAUUUAUAGUUAUGUGACACAUUAUUAUAAACGAAUUUAUUCGUUUUGGAGAAUUAAAAUAAGGAUAUAUAUGAAAAAUAUUUUCCUUUAAUAAUUGGAUAUAUUUUCUUUUAAUAUACGCACUACAUUGUUAUAUUUCUGAACACAAAUGAGUUGUAAAAAAUUUAUUU